AGUGGGAUGGAGCAGGACAGUGUAUGCAGCAGCAGUAGUCUGUGACUCUCAACCUACUAGCACAGCACACGGAAGGACAGAGCUUAGGAUCCUUAGCUGUCUGCAGUGAAAGUCUCCAGAAAUGUCCAGAUCACAGAGGAGUUUGAAGAAGGGCAGUGAUGCCCCGGGGCCAGUACCAGAAGGAGUCGUUCGGCUUUACAGCAUGAGAUUCUGCCCCUUUGCACAGAGAGCCAGGCUAGUCCUCCUUGUCAAGGCAAUAAGGCAUGAAGUUGUGAACAUUAAUUUACAGAGCAAGCCUGACUGGUAUUUUGAGAAAAAUCCUCUGGGACUGGUCCCUUGUCUUGAAACAUCUGAUGGUAAAAUACUAUAUGAAUCGGCCAUUGUGUGUGACUACCUCGAUGAAGCCUUUCCUGGAGUGAAGCUGACGCCGAAAGAUCCUUAUAUAAAGGCACAAGAGAAGAUUCUGCUGGAAUAUUUUUCCACGAUUCAUUCUGUGUUGUACAAGAUUUUGACUGCAAAGAAGAAUCAUAAAGAUACAACUGAAUUGAAGGCGCAGUUUUUGGAGAAGUUCACAAAACUUGAAGAGCUGUUUGCUAAAAGGAAGACUCCUUACUACAGUGGAGAAUCUGUUUCUAUGAUUGACUACAUGAUCUUGCCCUGGUUUGAGUGGUUAACCAUUUGUGAUGUUAAAACAUAUUUGGAGAAGACUCCACACAUCAAUGCCUGGUACAAUCUCAUGUUGCAGGACCCAGUCAGGAAGGAGACCUUUCCUGGACCAGAUGAUGUCUUAAACUUUUUCAAACUCUACUUUCAGGACAGCUUGGAAGCUGCUGAUUGUGGCCUUGAUUAGAUCACUUAUGCAUUAUGUGCAGGGCUGCCAUCAAAAAUUGAUGGGGGCUCAGAACUGACGGAUUCCCCCCCAGGGCAAAAUAAUGUGAAUUUUACCCAAUAUGAUUGUAAUGAUGUAAUAUUUUUACUAUUUCACUAUCUGCCUAUUCAGUUUUCAGUAUUUCAAUAUCUGCAUAUUCCAUUCCUAUCGGAUCCUUUCCGACGGAAAGAUCUGACAGGUCAGUUUUCAAUGCCUCGGCCAAACUCGACAGGUUUUGGUCGUUUCGACAAUAGUAACCCGACUUUUUUAAAAGUUCGAUUGACAUUGUCGGAAACGAGGCUAAAACCUGUUGAGUUUGGCCGCGCUUUCGACAAGAUACGUGGAUUCCAACAAUCCAUGUGUUUUCCGACAAGUCAGGAAUUUCCGACUUCUCGGAAAAAAAGAGCCGGCAUUGAAUAGGUUGGAACACCUUCCGACCUAAAACAGUCGGAAACUGCCGUCUUUCCGACAGGAAUUGAAUAUACCCCUAUGAUGUAGUUGACAUACAGUAUUCAAUAAAUAGUGACUACCAUAUUGUAUUAUUAAUUAUUAUACAUUUAUUAUAAAUGAGAAAAUAUAUAUUUUAUAUAUAUAUAUAUAUAUAUAUAUAUAUAUAUAUAUAUCAUAUAUAAAUUAUGUAGUCUCCCUAAUCCUAAAGGUUAAUGAUAUAAAGUGGCAUGUAGGAAGGCUUAGAGUCAUUAGUAAGUCAGAGGAGGAGAGGAUCCUGGGAUAGAUCAGAGGAGGCUGAUUACCAGCUACAAUUAAUUUGACAAUCUAUGUAGUGCAGAGAAAGUUUUGGGCCCCCUCUCUGUCAGGGCUCGAGACUGGAGUCCCAGCAGCCCUCCACCCCCGAUGGCAGCCCUGACUUUAUACUUUUGUGCCUUUCAAAUUAAACUUUUGAUCAGCAAGGUUUCUAGUAUUUGAUUUUAACUUCUGAAGGUUAUGUAAUAAAUACUUUUAAAUAUUAAAA